AUGCUCCCAGCAUCGAUGCGGGCGCGCACCUCGCUCGCCUCGUCGCGCGCGAGCCGGACAGCCUUCGCUCGUCCUCCAUCAUCGUCUCUCCGCACGACCAGCACAACUCCCCGCCUGAACGCCCGCUCGCCCCUCGCAUCGACGUCGCGAGUGACGCUCGACGUGCCGACAUCGUCGCGCUCCCUCUCGACCUCGGCCAGGCUCGAUCUCGCCUCUCCUCUCCGACCAUCGCCGCCACUCUCCUUCCCCCGCGCUCCCCGGCUCAGCCUUCGAGAACAGCAGAACGGCGAAAACGACGAGUUUGACGGCGACGAGGGUCGCGAAGGCGGAGAGGGCGAGGGCGAGGAGAAAGUCCCGGUGCGGAGACCGGGCGUUCCGCAGACGGAGCAGCCGCGGAGCGGCUUGCGCAACCCUGGCUCUGCUGGCACGUCAGCGGGCACGCGGGGAUCUAGUGGUGCGGCCGAAGGCGGAGCGGCGGGCGGUCGGUCGAGCGACGGCGAGGGCAACUCGUCUGUCGUCAAGAGCUCCGUCCCGAACGUCUAUCCUCAGGUUAUGGCGCUUCCAAUCACUCGCCGACCACUCUUCCCUGGCUUCUACAAGGCUGUCGUCGUCCGCGAUCCCGAAGUCAUCAAGGCCAUCAAGGAGUCGAUCAGCCGCGGUCAGCCGUACCUCGGCGCUUUCCUCCUCAAAGACGAGAACGCCGACAGUGACGUCAUCACCGACCCGAAUUCUGUCCACCCCGUCGGAGUCUUCUGCCAAAUCACCUCGACCUUCCCCGCCAACCCUACCCGUCCUCCCAACCCCAACUCCGACGAUAAGCCCGAAGAACCGGGUCUCACCGCCGUCCUCUUCCCUCAUCGCCGCAUCCGGAUCGACGAGCUCCUCCCCGUCGGCACGCCCAACAAGGGUCGCAAGUCGACUGAGACUGAGAUGCAUCACCCUGAGCCGCACAGUGUCGUCGACGAGCACCGACCGCACAUUGAUGGCCCGCAACGACCGGAGGAGCCAGCGUUUGUCGGCGAUGCGCAAUUGACGCCGGAGAGCGCGUCCGAGUCGAAGCAGGAGCCGGGGCCAGAGCAGUCGCCGGCGCCUAUCGACCAGGAUGCGAGCACCGAGGCGAAGAGACCGGACGAGCCUGAGUUCGUCGAGGGCAAGGAGCGCGCGGAUGUUGUUGUCGACGACGAGGGUCGUGUUGUGCGCGAGGGCAAGGGUGAGGGUGAAGCGGAGGGCGAAGGCGAGGCGAAGGAGGCGGCCGAGACGAGCGAUCACCAGUCCUUCCAGACGGCGUACCUUCACAACUACGGCGUCUCGAUCGCCAACGUCUCGAACCUCGAGAUGGAACCGUACGAUGCCAAGUCGCAGGUCGUUCGCGCCAUCUCGGGCGAGAUCGUCUCCGUCUUCAAGGAGAUUGCCUCGCUCAACCCGCUCUUCCGCGACCAAAUCGCCAACUUCUCGAUGUCAUUGACGGCGGGCAACAUCUUCGAAGAGCCGGAGAAGCUCGCCGACUUUGCGGCGGCGGUCUCGGCGGGCGAGGUCAACGAGCUCCAGGAUGUCCUCGAGUCGAUGGUACUCGAGGACCGGCUGCAGAAGGGUCUCCUCGUCAUCAAGAAGGAGCUCAUGAACGCCCAGCUCCAGAACAAGAUUUCGAAGGACGUCGAGAGCAAGAUCGCCAAGCGGCAGCGCGAAUACAUCCUCCAGGAGCAGCUCAAGGGGAUCAAGAAGGAGCUCGGGUUGGAAAGCGACGGCAAGGACAAGCUCGUCGAGAAGUUCAAGGAGAAGGCCAAAUCGCUCCUCAUGCCCGAGGCGGUUCAGAAGGUCUUCGACGAGGAGCUCAACAAGCUUGGCACCCUCGAGCCGGCGGCGAGCGAGUUCAACGUCACGCGCAACUAUCUCGACUGGCUCACGUCGAUUCCUUGGGGCCACCACACGAAGGAGAACUUUGAUCUGACCCACGCCGUCAAGGUGCUCGACGAGGACCACUACGGGUUGAAGGACGUCAAAGACCGCAUCCUCGAGUUCCUCGCCGUCGGCAAGCUGCGCGGCACCGUCGAGGGCAAGAUCCUCUGCUUCGUCGGCCCGCCUGGAGUCGGCAAGACCUCGAUCGGCAAGUCUAUCGCCCGCGCGCUCGACCGCCAGUUCUUCCGUUUCUCGGUUGGUGGUCUUUCCGAUGUCGCCGAGAUCAAGGGUCACCGCCGGACGUACGUUGGUGCGAUGCCGGGCAAGAUCAUUCAGGCGCUCAAGAAGGUGCAGACGGAGAACCCGCUCGUGCUCAUCGACGAGGUUGACAAGAUUGGACGGGGCCACAACGGCGACCCUUCGAGCGCCCUCCUCGAGAUGCUCGACCCCGAGCAAAACGCGCAGUUCCUUGACCACUACCUCGACGUCCCUGUCGACCUCUCCCGCGUCCUCUUCGUCUGCACCGCCAACACGCUUGACACAAUCCCCGCUCCUCUGCUCGACCGCAUGGAGGUCCUCGAGGUCUCGGGCUACAUUACGGAGGAGAAGGCUGCGAUCGCAAGCAAAUACCUCGCCCCCGCCGCCAAGGAGGGCGCCGGCUUGAAGAAUGCCGAUGUCGAGCUGCAAGACGACGCUGUCGCCGCUCUCAUCCGGUACUACUGUCGCGAGUCGGGCGUGCGACGACUGAAGCAGCAGAUCGAGAAGGUCUUCCGCAAGGCCGCUCUCAAGAUCGUGCAGGACAUCGGCGAACCCGCAUUGCCCGAAUCGGCCGCCAAGACUGUUCAGCCCGAAGCUGCCGCGACGAAGGAGGCGGAUGUCCAGUCGGAAGAGCCUGCGUCGACCGACUCGACUCCCUCCGCCCCUGCCGACAAGUCCGUCGAGAAGCAGGACGGCGACGCGACUCCCGCGUCGACUGCCUCGCCCUCAUCCGCUGCGACGCCCGACUCGUCUGUCACUGCUGAGGAGCGGAAGACCACGACGAGCGUCCGCCAGCCUCUCGAAGUCCCGUCCGACGUCCACGUCCGCAUCUCGGCAGAGAACCUCCUGGAUUACGUUGGCCCGCCUCUGUACCAGAAGGACCGACUGUACACGAAGAUCUCGCCUGUCGGUGUCAGCACCGGUUUGGGUUACCUCGGAAACGGGUCGGGUGCAGUCAUGCCCAUCGAGGUCACGUCCAUGCCUGGCCAGGGCAUCCAGCUCACCGGAAAGCUUGGCGAGGUCAUCAAGGAGUCGGCGCAGAUCGCUCUCGCCUUCCUUCGAGCACACGCGUACGACCUUGGCUUGACCUCCGACCCCGACAAGGACCUCCUUGAGAAGCGCGCCAUUCACCUGCACAUGCCUGAAGGCGCGAUCGGCAAGGAGGGACCGUCCGCCGGUAUCGCCAUCCUCACCGCCUUUGUCUCACUCUUCUCAAAGCGUGGCGUCUCCUCCGAGCUCGCCAUGACUGGUGAGGUUACGCUGGCAGGACAGGUGCUUCCGGUCGGCGGUCUGAAGGAGAAGACGCUUGCCGCUCAUCGCGCGGGCAUCCGCAAGCUCAUCCUGCCCCUGGGCUGCAAGGCGGACAUUGAGCACAACGUCCCCGAUUCCGUAAAGGAAGGCAUCGACAUCGUCUACGCCGAGAACGUCGCCGAAGUCCUGCGCGAAGCUUUCGCCGGCUCGCCCAUCGCCGACAAGAUCAACUCUGGCGCGUUGAACGACAUCCUCAUCCCACGGGAGGAGGCGAAGCGAUGA